AUGGAAGAAAUCUUCAAAGCUGCUCCCGAGCCCGCCACCCCUUUGGGUCGGUAUCGCAUUCUCUCCUCCACCUCCGGGAUGCGCGUGUCUCCCCUACAGCUGGGCGGCAUGUCCAUUGGAGACAGUUGGAACCAGUUCAUGGGCAGCAUGAACAAAGAGCAAUCCUUCAAGCUCCUCGACGCCUAUGCCGAAGCUGGCGGCAACUUCAUCGACACAGCCAACAACUACCAAAACGAGCAAUCCGAAACCUGGAUUGGCGAAUGGAUGGCCGCGCGCAAGAACCGCGACCAGAUGAUCAUUGCCACCAAGUUCACUACAGACUACCGCACCCAUGAACUGGGCAAGGGUAACGCACCCAACGCCUGCGGGAACCACAAGCGAAGCAUGAUGUUGAGCGUGCGAGACUCACUGCGCAAGCUGCAAACCGACUUCAUUGACGUGCUGUACCUGCACUGGUGGGACCAUACUACCUCUAUCGAGGAGAUCAUGGACUCCCUGCACAUCCUUGUGGAACAGGGUAAGGUCAUGUACCUCGGAAUCUCAGACACUCCGGCAUGGGUUGUGGCAGCUGCCAACACCUAUGCUCGUGCGCAUGGCAAGACUCCCUUCUCCAUCUACCAGGGCCGGUGGAACGUGAUGCGCCGGGAUUUUGAGCGGGAUAUUCUGCCCAUGGCACGUCACUUCGGCAUGGCGCUUGCGCCUUGGGAUGUGCUCGGCAGCGGUCACUUCCAGACGGCGAAGCAGCUGGAAGAGCGUAAGAAGGCAGGCGAGGGACUGCGCAACAUCUCCGGAGCUGAACAGUCAGAGGAGGAGCGGAAGAUCUCCGAGGCCUUGGCGACGGUGGCAGCAGAGCAUGGUAUUGAGUCCGUGACGACUAUUGCAUUGGCAUAUGUGCUCUGCAAGGCGCCGAACGUGUUCCCGAUCGUGGGCGGCCGCAAGGUCGAGCAUUUGAAGGAUAACAUCAAGGCGCUGUCGAUCCGCCUGACCGAGCAGCAGAUUCAGUUCCUCGAGUCUGCGAGUCCGCUCGAUAUUGGAUUCCCUGGGAACUUUAUUGGUGUUGACCCGGCGAUCAAUGGUGGCAAGGUGUCGUUCUUGAUGCAGACUGCGGGCAACUAUGAUUUUGUCCAGGAUGAGCAAGCGAUUGGGUAUGAAAAGAACUAA